AUGACAGCCCAGGGUGUCCUCUGGAUCCUGCUUGCAUUUCUGGUGUGGUCUAAGCCAGGAACAGCCUCCUUGCCCCUGGUCAUGGAUUCUGUCAUCCAGGUCCUGGCUGAGCUGGAGCAGAAGGCGCCAGUGACGGAAGUCAGUCUAACUGCCUCUGCACGGCUGCUGUCAGCCCAGGACUCUGGUGCCUCCAAUCCCCUUCACCACUUCCUGCUUGAGACACCAAGUCACAAAGCUGCUGAACUGGAUGCCCACCCACUGAGUCCGGAGCUUCAAGGCCUGAUGAAGAUGGUGGCCCAACACGAGAUACGGGGAGGGCAGGAACACGGGGUGGUGCUGGCCCCCGAUGGUUCCACAGUGGCUGUGAAGCCUUUGCUGGCGGGGCUGGAAGCUGGACUGCAGGGGCGCAGGGUUGUCAACUUGCCCUUGGACAGCCAAGCCACCCCUUGGGAUGCUGAAGCCACCCCUCCAGGACACAGGGAUGCUCCUCCAGAGGGAACCUCUGCAGAUGCUGGAGCUGCCUCUUCAGAUACUGAAGCCACCUUACCAAAUGACAAAGCCAAGUCCCCCACCACUGUGGACCGAAUCCUGGCAGUCACCCUCGCAGCAGAUCUAGGCCUGACUUUCCUCCAGCCUCCCCAGACCCAGAGCCUUCCAGGCCUGGGGACAGAGGGCUGUUGGGACCAGCUCUCUGACCCCCAGAUCUUCACGCUGCUGGACCCCAAGGCAUCAAUGCUCACCAUGGCCUUUCUCAAUGGGGCACUGGAUGGUGCCCUCCUUGGAGACUACCUGAGCCGAAUCCCUGAGCCGCGGCCACCCCUCAGUCACCUGCUGAGCCAAUACUAUGGAGCAGGGGUGGCUGGAGACCCAGGCUUCCGCAGCAACUUCCGACGGCAGAAUGGGGCAGCUCUCACUUCACCCUCCACCUUGGCCCAGCAGGUGUGGGGGACCCUUGUCCUGCUACAGAGACUGAAGCCGGCACGCACCCAGCUGCAAAACGUGAGCCAAGAACAGCUGGCCCAGGUGGCCACCUAUGCUGCCAAGGAGUUCACUGAGGCCUUCUUGGGAUGCCCAGCCAUCCAUCCCCGAUGUCGCUGGGAAGCGGCACCUUACCGGGGCCGCCCGAAGCCAUUGCAGCUGCCGCUUGGGUUCUUAUACGUGCAUCACACGUACGUGCCAGCGCUACCCUGCACCACCUUCACUGGAUGCUCAGCCAACAUGCGCUCCAUGCAGCGUUUCCACCAGGACACGCGAGGCUGGGAUGACAUCGGUUACAGUUUUGUGGUGGGCUCCGAAGGCUACGUGUACGAGGGCCGCGGCUGGCACUGGGUGGGCGCGCACACGCUCGGCCACAACUCCCGUGGUUUCGGCGUGGCCUUCGUGGGCAACUACACGGCGACACUGCCCACCGAGGCCGCGCUACGCAUGGUGCGCGAAGUGCUGCCGAGUUGCGCGUCACGCGCUGGACUCCUGCAACCAGACUACAAGCUGCUCGGCCACCGCCAGCUCGUGGCCACUGACUGCCCGGGUGACGCGCUCUUUGGUCUGCUGCGCACCUGGCCGCACUUCACCGAGGUAAGUCUGCGCCGCCUGCACUCCUGCAGAUGGCCGCCCUUCUGCGUGCACAGACAGCUCAGUGGCCUCUGACCCCUGUCU